UUUAUUGAAAUACCAGCAGAGAGAACACACACAGGUGGGUAUGAAGAGUCGAGGAUGGGGUCCGGGGCUGGAGAGCCCGGGGUCCGGUGAAUGGAGCGAGGUGACUGCGCUCACACACACACACAGGGGAAAGUUCUUGGACCUGAAGACUGGGGCUGGCGGUGCCGAGCGUUAGGGAGCAGGCUGGAGAUGUCGUCGAGGGAACUGGAAAACGCCAAACAGCCACAGGGACUAGUAGACGGGAACCAGGAAUCGCACAGGCAUUACUCGUGGUCGGGCACAGAAGGCUAAGGUUAUUUACCGGGGCAGAGACGAGGCAGGAUGGUCAGGGGGCAAGCAGAGUCGAAAAGAGGAAGUCAGUCCGGGGAUAAACGCUGGAAGGUCAAGCAUGACGCUGAGAACAAUCCGGCAAGGAGCGAGUGAACCGGGGAUGUAUAUAUAAUGGUCUGAUUGGGGAUCGACUGCAGCUGGGGGCAACAGGUGAAGACAGUGAAGCUGAUUAGGAGGUGUGGCAGAGUGGAGAGUGAGAAAUCGGCAUAGCAGGCUGUGACAUUGAAGUGCAGUUAUGAGUAAAAGCUACAGAAUAAGUUAUGCUAUAUCUUACAAUAUAUGCAGUGUGUGGGAUGCAAUAGGCAAUAUGUGUAAUUGUUUGUAUAUAGAGAUGAAGUGGCUGGAAUAUGCGGAAUAGAUAGUUAUAUGUAAGCUAUAGAGGCAAAUGCACAGUAUAAAUACUUAUCUGAACAGUGCUGGGUGGAGUUGUUCACACCGUAGAAUUGCACUGCAUAGUAAGUUAAAGCACUAAGACAAUGCAGUAUUACUAUCAGCGCUGUGAAACACAAGUUAAAAAAAAAUCCUGUAUGUUACUUAAUUUAACAGGUAUUUGAUGAUAAAAAUUAAAAAUGUGGUCGUUAAGAAUUUUAAUUCAAUACAAUUUUAAUUAUUUAUCUAAAAUUAUUCAACGACAGACAGGAACACACGAUAGAGAAAAGUAAAGAGAAAGACCAGUAUAAUUAAAAGAUAUUAGCUAAAAAAAAUGCUUGAGGAAUUAUUAAUAAAUACAUCAAUACAUCUAAAUGCCUAAAUAUAAUUUAUCUUGUAUCAUUUGAUAUCAAUAUAAUAGACCUAUUACCAAAGAUAACAGACUAGAGACUAUCAUUCACAGUAUGUAUUUGAAUGGAAGAUGUUGCAAAGAAUUCAGAUGUUGCAACUGACCCCCAACCCUGAGGUCUUUUGCUUUAAAAUGAGCAAUUACUGUCGCAUCUGUUAUGCUAGUGGACAAAAUUAGCAGCAUAUAUUGUCUAAUAUGAACUAAACAAUGUUGACACAUACUUGUGUGGUCUGUUUUAAUAUGGCUGCUUAGCUUGGGGACAGUUACAAAAACUUGUUGCAACCAUCCCCACUCUAACAGCCAUGACAGACCAUCACGUGCUAGCUAAACACGCUGACCUUGACAUAUGCUAACCAUUUCACUUAGAAGUCAACAAAACAAUGAUUCAAACUAAAUUUUGAUUAAUUCAUACUUACAGUAUGACAAAAAAAUGCAGCUCAUGAAAAAAAUUACUUUCAUACUUCCCUUUUUUUUUUCCAAUUAAUGCAGUUAAUGAAUGUAUCUUCUGUCUUCCUGCAGAGGGGAGGGUCUAACUGAGCAUGAGCAGUAUGAGUGUCAUCACUCUAGCAUGUUUCUGAUUGAAGGAAUACGACUUGUUGCGACCGUUCCUUAAUUGCAACCAUUGCUAGUCUCCCCUACUAUAUAUUUAACCUCUAAGAUAUAUUAUCUGUGUAGGUACUAUCACCCUUGACUCACAAUGUAGGAAAGGAAGUCAGUGAGGGUUUGAGGAUUCUGGGCUGCACUGUCAGCGCGCGCGCACACAAACACGUGCGUACAGGCAGGUCUGCACCUCCCGUCUGCAUGUCACCAGCAUCGGUGACAGGAAGCGUCUAUCGCCUCUCACAUUUUCAUGUCGCGGUGCUGGAGGUUUUAUUUGAGCAGCUGCAAAUGUUUUAAACUUAUCUUAGAAAAACUGUAACACCAACCGUUUUUUUUCUUUAAUUACCUGACCUUUGAACGGACGUGAAAUUAAUUGGCGAGUUAAAACGUUGAGUUAAAAGUUGUUAAAAGUUAUUAUAUUUUAGUUACGGUAUACUUGUCGAGAGGAAAUCUGUAUAUUCAGAGCUGGAGAUGACUUCUGGAGGUUUGGGGCUCACCGAGAGCCUGGGUCAAGACAUAAGUCAGGAGGAGUUGGACUUUUCUGACCUGUUUCUGUAUAAUCCACCUGAAGAAGAUUUUCCUGUUGGCUGUGACAAAGAUGAUCCAGGUGCUCUCCUUCAGAACAACAACCAGCCUCCUCUGCUGGUGGUCGGUGAACCCACUGUGUACAUCUCCGCCUCCAACCAGCCUGCCCCCAGCCAAAACCCCUCCUCUCAGUGCCCCACCACAGAAAACCUGUCAGGGGCUGUGUUUGACUCCUUGGGGCUGCCAUCAAGACCGGGGAACAUACCUGCUCCAAGCCCCAGGAUUGAGAUCACUCCAUCAGGCGACUCUCUCAGUUCGCAGACCCUGGAGCUGAGCCCCAAAGGCCGUGCAACCUAUAGGGAGUGUGUGAGCCCUGCCAGCAGUAACUCCUCCACAGGAUGGCCAGCAGAGUCAUACUCCCCAGUAGCUUCACCUUGUGUCUCUCCUUCCAAUGCAGCUGGCUGUAGCAUGGGGGUGUCCGCCUUAGAUCUCUGCCCGGGCCUCCAGGGCAUCCAUACUUCUUCUGCCCACUCCUCUCCAGGAGCCUCACCUCUCAACAGUGUCACAGAUGAGACCUUUCUCCUGCCACAACACCAGCGUUCUGCUGCGCCACAUCCCCACCAGCGCUCCCGCUCUGCCUCACCGCAUGGAAAACGUGCGUAUGACCAGGCCCACUCCUGUCAGGGGGGCACUCCUAUCAAGCAGCGCUCCCGAAGCCCCAGCCCCAUCCCAUCGCCUCAUGAGCAGCAGGGGUCCCACUACCUCCAACAAUUCCAGGCCCAAGCUGAGUUUCAAGCCCAAGUUCAGACAUCCUCCUUAGGCCUGGAGGAGGACUGGGGCCUCAGCUCCGGCCUAUCCAGAGCAGUGCCCUCUGUAGUGGGGCGAAAUGCACAUGGGCAGGCACAGAGACAGGACUGUGUGUAUGGACAGCUAUAUGACUGGCCCAUUGAGCAGGAGGGAAUUGGCAGGGCAGGACCCGAGGUCAAGUCUGACACCAUUUAUAUGGUCCCAGCUGUGUGGCCUCCUCCUCAUCCAGUCCAUCAUGGAGCAUUCAGUCGUCUCUCUGUGGCCCCACUUCCAUCCUUAGAGUGGCCAUUGCCCAGUCAGUCUGGUCAGUAUGAACUACUGAUCCAGCAGCAGCCCAGAUCUCACCACAGAGCUCACUACGAGACUGAGGGUAGCCGAGGAGCUGUAAAGACACCGAAAGGGGGGCAUCCGGAAGUUCAGCUCCACGGGUAUCAAGGCACGGUUCCACUGUGGUUGCAAGUCUUCAUAGGGACGGCAGAUGAGAGACUCCUGAAACCCCAUGCCUUCUAUCAGGUCCACCGCAUCACCGGGAAGACCGUCACCACGGCGAGUAAGGAGAGGAUGACAAACGGGACUAAAGUGUUGGAGAUCCCCCUGGAGCCAAAGAACCACAUGAGAGUGGUGAUUGACUGUGUAGGGAUCCUGAAGCUGAGAAACGCAGACAUCGAACUGAGGAACGGUGAGACGGACAUCGGACGAAAAAACACACGUGUGCGUUUGGUGUUUCGUGUCCACAUUCCCCAGCCUGGAGGCCAGCUUGUGUCUCUUCAAGUUUCCUCUGAUCCUAUUGAAUGCUCCCAGCGCUCAGCAAUGGAGCUGCCUGCAGUUGAGAGGCAAGACCUGGACCGAUGCUCAGUACUCGGUGGUCAACAGAUGGUCCUCACUGGACAAAAUUUCACACCUGACUCCAAGGUGAUAUUCUCUGAGAAGACGCAAGACGGGCAGCAAAUCUGGGAGGUGGAGGCCACUGUGGACAAAGACAAAACACAAGCUAACAUGCUGUUUGUUGAGGUCCCUCGGUAUCGUGACAGGACCAUUUGCCACCCAGCCAAAGUCAACUUCUAUGUCAUCAACGGAAAGAAGAAACGCAGUCAGCCCCAGCACUUCAUCUACACUCCUGUGAAAGCCAUUAAAGCCGAGCCAGUGGAUGACUAUCAGUUGAAUUCAUAUGGCUACUCAGAUAAUCAGUCACUGCCUGGUCUGACAAUGAAGUCACUCUACCAUCAGCUGGAGCAGGACAACAACCUUCAAGCCUUGAAUGCUUCUCCAACACUGUACCAUCUAGCCACUGUAGACCCCAGAGCCUGCAUGUUAACACCUAAUCCAGUGGAAGACCAAACAGUCUAUUACCAGUCCAGAGCCAGCACUCUGAUUAACAGUCCCGUACUGUACCAGACUGCAAACCAACAUUACAGUAGCUGUGGUACCACCGUUCUUGGCAGUUCCCCAAUGGCUUCCCACGCUGCUGCCACUCCCAGCCAGUGUGUCAGCACCCUUGUGGGCAAACUGAGCGAAGGCCCUCAGGUUGGUGAUUCAUUUGAGGCCUGUUUGAUGUCGAGACAUCAGAGUUUUAUGCAGACAGCGCUGCAACUGGGGAAGUCACCACCUUCAAGAUACGUCCUAGGUCAAGCUCAAGGAAAGGCCGUAUGCAGGGUAGAGCCAAGUACAGGAAACCAUGAGGAACGGGCUCCAGAGAGGGUCACAGUCAAACAAGAGAACCUCAGCUAUGCCUACCUGGAAGAUGUGAACGACAUCAUAAGAAGGGACUUGAAAGGCCAUAAUGGAGAGUGAACCUGGAGGCCUGCAGCAGCCCUGCUGUCCGUCACAUUCAAAAUUUACGCAGUAAACAUGAUCUACAGACUUCAGAAACUAUAAAUAUAAAAUCCUCUUGGAGUAAGCUUUUACUUGUAAGACUCGUAAUAAAAAAAAAAUUGACUGGAUUUGUGGCAGAUAUUUGAGGCAAACAAUAGAAACUGAUCCAUAAAAGGCUUAUGUUGACUUUAUUUCAAGAUUAUUCAUGUUUCUGUGAAACUAGGAUGGGUGGUUGUUCCAAGCUCAGUCCUCAGCUACAACAUUUUACAUCAAAAAUGAGUCAGCUCUCAGUUACUUUGUUAGCCUACAAUAUUGUCAUACAGUUUAGUCUAGCAAAGACGCGUCAUUCUAUAUAUUGUGUGUCUGCAUCGUUUCUUUAUUUUAACCUGCUUAACUUCCCUCUGUUCAUAUAUUUGUACAAUUGCUCAUUGUAAGCAUGUAUAAAAUAUUUUAUAAGAAAUAAAUUCUGUUUAUAUGAA